AUGGCCGAGGAAGGAGCAGCAGGCUGGCGGCGGCGGCGGCGGCGGCAGCGGCAGCCACCCCGGGGAAAGACUGUGAUUAACCAGGCAGCAACACAUCAUUUCCUCCCGGCGCGGAUCCAGGGAGCCGGGAGGGAGAGGGAAGGCGGCGGGGCGGGGCCGUCCCCGCGCCCCCUGCAGGCGCCCCGGCCGGGGGCGAGCCCGCCGAGCCCCGCCGAGCCUGACCGUGCCGCCCCCGGCGCGCCCCGCGCCGUCUGGCUCGGCCCGGGAGGCUGCGGGCGGGGAGGCGGCGGGCCGGGCCGGGCUCUCGCGGCCGGGGUGGGAGGAGGAGAGGCGGCGCGGCGCGGCGCGGGUGAGUGCCCAGGCAAAUUCACAUUUGCAGAGGAGGAUUCCGAUCGAUCACCACGGAGAUGGCUGGUGCUGAUUGUAGACUUUCAGCUUCACAGAAUUGAAGAAGGCAGUCAAAAGAGGCAAGAUCACAUACUGUCAUACAGGUAUGCAAAGAGAACCAAUGAAAAUGACCUGGCUUCUGAAACCCUACACCUGAUUCAUUGGAAUCCAGAAUCCAGCUGUGAUCAUCAUCUCAAUCAUCCAGCAACAAACACCACACACCCACCUGCCAGCCGGCCCCUGCAGCCACUACUACCUGUUCCCCUGGGAUUUGUGUUCUUCACAAAGAGGUGUGCAGCUGUACAGCUGAAUAUUGUGUGUGGUCUGUGGCAGCCAGCCCCACUCCUGAGGGUGAUCGACACCAGUGAGUGGAGGGAGUUCCGGAUUAGGGGAGUAUCUAAUGAUAUGAAGUGAGAAGUGGAAAACCAUGCAAAGGAAAUCAGGAGUUCUAGUUUGGAGGGAGAGAAUCUGAGUUUGAAAUACUGAACCCUCCCAGCUGCUCAGCAUGCAGAACUGGACCAACUGGGGAUGAUUUUGGCUUUGUUAGAAGGAAGAAGUUAAUGAAAUAUUGAGCCAGUUGAAAUUGGAGUAGGCUAGGAUAAACUUGAGGAUCUUAUCCCCAGAAAUAUUUACAAAUAGAAAGGUGAGCCCAGACUCCCAAAUAUAUGACCACUUAAUCUUUGACAAAGGAGCAAGAAACGUGAAGUGGAACAAGGAAAGCCUAUUCAACAAGUGGUGCUGAGGAAAAACUGGAUAGCUAUCUGCAAAACAUGAACUCUGAUCUCUGUCUAAUGCAAGCACAAAAGUGAGAUCAAAGUGGAUUAAAGACUUCAAUAUCAGACCUGAAUCAUACAUAGAGGAAAAUGUAUGGCAGAACCCUUUAUAACAUUAAAGCUAAAAGCAUCUUUAAGGAUGAAACAGCACUGACCAAGCAAGUGGAAAUAAACAAUAAACAAAUGGGACUACAUCAAACUAAGAAGCUUCUGCACAUCAAAAGAAACAGUGACCAAAAUACAGAGAGAGACCACAGAAUGGGAAAGAACUUUUACCCAAUACCCAUCUGAUAAAGGAUUAAUAUCUAGGAUCUACAAGACACUAGUAGAACUAUACAGGG